CCCCCACCCCCCGGUCCUCCCCACGCUCCCAGCCGUGCCAGGAGCCGCGCGUUCGGCCGGCAGCGCCGUGGCGGUGGGGUUGCACAACAGCGCUGGCAUUUGCGGGGCCACCUCUGCCAACUUCGCGCAGACGGAGGAAUACGGCGCUGCUGGGCUGAUAGCCGCCCGCACGAGAUGUUGUUGCAGUUCCUGUAUUGCCAGAUCCUGGAGAGGAGUUAAAGGAAACCACAGCCUGGUGCUGAGAGCAGAUUGAGAUCUUGUGGCUGCUGCAGGAAGCCUGCUCCCAGGUAUCUUCCAGCAGAGAGCAUACAGCCUGCAGCAAGUUCCUAAGCUGGCAGGUGCCUUGUUCCAUCCCAGGCUCAUGGUUAUCACAGCUGCUUGCUGUCUAGGGCAGCCUCACACUGGAGAAAGUGAUGGGAGAAAGCAGCCGGGGUGACACACAGCAGUGUGUGCACGGCAUGGCCACACACCGUGCAGCAUGCUAGGCAUCCCCCCACAAGCAGACCAGUAUGGUGGAUGAGAACGUGGCUUUGGAGCUAAUGGGACUGAGCCAAGCACCGAGAGCUGACCCUGCUCUCACCUCCAUGGCUCUGAGCGUUGUGGAUGCAGAAGAUAUCCCUGCUGUGUCCACCCUCUGAGCUGAGGGACCACAUCGAUGCUACUGCACAGAGCAGGAGGCACCUGGCCAAGCAGGGAUGGUGAAUGGAGCAGCGUGGAGCACGCGGUCGGUGACUCAGCUGUGACCUGGCUGCACCAACCCCAGCCUUUCGCAACGUGUUUACCAGGAUGCAGGCAGCCUUUGCUGCGCAUGAAGGGCGGCCUCAGCCCCAAACCUGCUCGCCAGGCUCCCCACCCCACACUGCUCUGCUCCUGUAAGUGAUGCCCGUGCUGAGGUCAGGCAGCGUCCUCCCAGCGCAGCCAAAAUCAUCCUAAACACAGCCCCGUGGGAGGUGGUGGCACACUGUGGUGGUGUAUCAUUGCAGGGAGGAUGGCAGAAAUUCCCCUGCUUUCCUGAUGCCCUUUGCUGAGCUGUGUCCCAGCCACUCCCACCUCCUGCAGCUCUCACGUCCGUGUCCCAGGUGGGCAGAGCACAGAAAACCAUGGGCAAAUCCCUUCUGACAGAGGAUUUUGGAGCAAAAGGCAUAGUUUUGAAAGUUUUCCCUGGAGGAAAGCCAAGGGCAACAGAUCCGAGCCAUAUUCUGUUUUGUUUCUACAUCUUGUGGAGUCUGAGAUGGGAAAUGGCGGUGCCCCAAAGUCCUGGAGGGGGUGAAUGCAGAUUUGUGAUUGCAGCGCUGCCAGGGAUGAGCAAAAAUCGGCCAUCAGCGCUCCUGCAGCCACCGAGACUGAGCCCACCCAUGGGCAGGACAUGUGGGGACCCCACGAAAGAGGUCUGAGGUCCAUCAGGCAAUUCUGGCACGGCCACACCGAUCCUUGCUGCACUGCGCGCCGCAGAGCACUGCAGAGCGAUGCUACCAUUUCCAAGAGUGCUGCUUGUGUGUGACCACAAGGACUCUGCCCAGAUGCCCAUUUUCCAGUAGCUAAACUUAAAUCUCAGCUCCUGGUUGAGCAAACCGUGUGUGCCCACAUCCCGCCGGGCUCUCUGCUGGCGGCUCUCCACGUCGUGUCAGCUCCCAGCGCCAACGGCUGAGGAGGGACGUGUGUCACUGCAUUGUCCCCGGGAUAUUUAGUGCUGCCCCGUGCGGUUACCCGGCACGGCUCAGGCUGGCAGCAGCUCUCACUGCAGGCACAGACCGGCAUUCCCAGCCUGGCAGAGCUGCAGCGAGGGCACGGUGGGUGGCUGCGCAGUGCUGCUGUUGGAGACGUGCACACUGCAGGGUGCUGUGCCAGGGCUGGGCGCUGCUGCUGGCGCACUCUCGGGUUGCAGGGCUCGACUGCCUGCACUGCCGCAGCGGUGCCCGCGCCCUCACCCCGGCACAGCAGCGGGACGUGGGGCAGGGCAGGCCCUGCGAUGAAAGAGAAGCGUCUGCAUCCACCCCAUGCCAGGAAUAUCUGCCCGUGGGGCGUGUGCUGCCGUGGGCACGGCUGCUCCCACCGCUGCAGUUUCCCUGAGCUGCAGCCCCAAAGGCACACAGCCCCCCCCCGGCGGUGCGGUGCCCGGGGCUGCCCCGCAGCGGGGCUGGGCGGGUUGUGGCCGUUGUAGGAUGUAAAAUUUGAACCCACAUCGCCGGGGGGCGGAGGGAGGCGGAGCCGCGGGGCACAUCCGAGGUCAGCCGUGCGGGUGACGCAGCGGCAGAUCCACUGCUGCCGUUUUCCCACUCGUGUGACUUUCCCCGUCUGCAGCCUCGGAUGGCGGCAGGGACGGGUGAUGGUGUGAUGGUGUGACGGGGUGACAACGUGACGGGGUGACAAUGUGACGGUGACGAUGGGAGGCUGCCGCUGCCACCGCCGUGCGGCACCGGGACGCGCACGGGUGGGCGCCCCCCCCCCGCUCAGAGCCUCUCCUCCCCCCCAAUCCCGAAUGGAAGUCUGAUUUCAAUCACCGCCCCCGUAGGGCUGAGGGAUGGAGCAGCCACGGGGGAACAACGGUUGCUAUGACGACCGGGAGGGCGAUGCGUCGUCUCCUUGGAGGCGGCGCUGUCUGCCUGCAGCGCGCGCCCGGUGGCAGAGAGGCGCCCCGCCGGGUCUGCCCGGCUCUGGGCAGGGGGGCACCGAGGGGCACCGCGGCGCUCAGCCCCCCCUCCGGGCGCACUGCCGCCCCAUCUCAGCAGCUCGGACACCAUUGUUUUCCUCCUGCGAUAGGAAAUGCGGCGCGGGGAGCCGCCGUUAGCAGCGCAGCCAAUCAGAGCACAGCUGGCGGCCCCGCAGGUGCGCCGGGGAGGUGCUGUGAUUGGCUGCUUGGGUCCUGCCGACGGCUUAUUGCCGACAGCUGCGCUCUGAUUGAGUGCUUCGGGCCCACCUGAGGGGAGCGGGGCUCUGAUUGGCUGCUUUGGUCGCUCCUGGAAGCUCAUUGGACCCAGGAGGGUGAGAGAGAGUGCCUGGCUUCCCCAGGAGGCAAUGACCCGAGUCCUGGCAGACGUGGGACAGCCCUCAGCCAGGCUGUUAGACCCUGAGCGAGGUGUGAGUAGCAGAACAAUGUCAGAGUUAUCCCCCACCUCAAGUCACGAGUGCAGGGAGGGAACGCGGCCACGCUAUCAGCUCCACGCUGCAAUUACAGCCACAUCACUGCCCGUGGGCUCACGUCACCUGCUGAGCCGCCACGCCUGGCAGAUACCAGGGAUGGGGCUGUGUCACACGGUGACUCAGAGCCAGCGGCUUCGGUGCAGGGCUGGAGGCGUUGACCUGGAUCUCAGGGAGAACACCUUGCGUGAUGCUGCCUUAUUGCAGCAUGGAGAAACCCCACUCUGUGUGGGCUGCUGGAUGGUGGCCAUGUGGGUCAGUGCUGAGCAGCUCCUCUGUGCCCAUCCCGUGUCACUCUGGGACUGCAGCAGGGUGAUGCCCGCCCCGCUGGCACAGUGCUCACCUCCCCGUGUUGGGCACAGCUGCCGAUCCUGCGUGGCACAGCACAGGUGGUGGCUCUUCUCCUGGGUGCAAUUUCCCCCAGUUUUGGCAACAGCAAUGAGAAUGUGAGCAGCUCCAAGGGACACCUGCAGUGCUUGGGGUCUUGCUGUGUCCCUGGGAGGACAGAGGGCUUCUUGGGCACAGGGUCUCCGGCCCCAGCCCUCAUUUGCAUUUGUGCCAAGUGGGGAAUUUCCCCCAUUUUUCCAUCAGCAAGCAGCCGAACUUUCUGCAGGGUGACCUUCGUCCCCACCCAGGGUGGGGCGACCGCAGCAGCUGCGAAGUGACACCGCAGGGCUCUGCUCCCCACUGCUGGGUUGGGGACAAACCCCACUGCGGGGGCUCAGCAGGGCUGGGGGCAGCUGGGGUGGGAUCUACGCCCACCCUGCGCUGCAUAGCAUGCCCCAGGAAGGACAGGAACUGCCAGGCAGGGACCCCAAGGGAAGGACCCCAGGGUGGCGGUGGCUGUCAGUAAGGAUGGCCGAAGUGUGUGCAGAAGGGGAAGCACUGGGUCAGGCUGUCAGCAGCCACUGAAGGUUUGAAGGGAAGGGGGGGGGGAUCAGCUCAGGAGAUCAAGGCUGGGUUUGGGCUGGGGGUCUCUGUGAGGCACCUCUGCAGCAUGGGAACCUGUGGCAGCUGCUGCAAGGUCACAUCACCCAUUGAGCCACGUCCUCCUCGUGCAGCUUCCCCGUCCCUCUGUGCCCCAUAGGGUGUGUGCUGCCGGACCCCUGCCAGGCCCACAGCACUUAGACAGCAACCUGUGGUGUUCCCAGUAAGCAGAGAUCAAAGAAUCAUUGAACCACAGAACAAUUACACAGAAUCGUGCAGGCUGGAGAGGUUCUUCAGGAUCACCAAUUCCAACCUACUGUGUCCCAUCACCGAAGUGAUGCACUCCCUCUGCAGCCCCACUGAGUGCUCUGCGCCCUGCUGGGUUUGGGCUGCAGGAGUGGCUGAGAACAGCUCAGGCAGUGAAGCCCCAUUACAUCAGAAAAGGAGGGUGACAAAAUCCCUGCAGCACCAUGCCCUCACCAGGGAUGUCCCCGAGGGGAUGCUGAACUGUCUCCCACCUCGCAGCUCUGUGCUGCUCCAAAUCCCCAUCACAGUGCCACCUCGGGUGCCAUAUGUGCCAAAAAAAGAAGGUGGAGGGUUUGAAGGCGGCCCGUUUCCUAUGAGGAGCUCAGUGGUUUUGCUCCCAAUUGCAUUCAUGAGUCCUCGAGUGUUCAAAGGGAAUUUGUGAGCCAAGUGCCAAACGGCUCAGACAAAGGGGCUGAGCUCGGCGCCUCUCCAAACAGCCCUGAGCAGCUUCCAGGACAUCACUCGUUUUACUGUGCUGGCAAAUAUUGCCUUUGCCCUAAGCUGAACUCGCCCUGGGCUUUCAGAUCCUUCCUUGAACACCGAGCUGCAGACAGAAGGGCUGAUGGAAAUGGCUGCAGUGCACGGGGAGGCCCCGCCAUCCUGCAGCUGCUCAGGGACAGCCCCCACCCCCUCGGUUUCCCCACCGUCAAACAGAGCUGAGCGUUCCGGCCGUGCUUUAAGGCCGCUGCUGCCAGGAAUGGUGCCACAGCUCUGCCCGUUGGCUGUGUCCUUCCCCUGCCCUCUCCCCACUUUCUGAAGAAGUGGGUGGAUCGCCGUCAGGGCGCUGGGCAAACAGGUGUGUCUGACCCCCUGCUCUGCUCCCAGGGAGCUGCAGGCAGGGCUGCGUGCUGCAAACAACAGGCUGCUCUCCUGGCAUCGGGCAGGGACCCGUAAGGCUCAUCGACAGAGAAAUCAGACCAUAACGAUGCCAGAUAAACCGCAACACUGCUGGGACCCACCCAGGCAGCCCCUAUGGUGGCAGUAGGGACGUGGCGGGUAGGAGGUGAAGUGGUGUUGAGCAGCUUCAUCUCUCCCCUUGGCUGCAACAGUGACCUCUCGUUACAGAGCAGCAGCUUUCAGAAGCCCCAGAAGAUGGGGAGGACCUUUGUCGUGGUGCUCAGAAGCUGCUCUCACUUCUAUCAGCUCCGGGCUCGUUGUGAUACUGUCCCCAUGGGCCCGAGGUGGGGACGUGUCAGAUGGGAUGUGAUCUGUGUGCAGAGGCGCUGAGGGUCGGAUGAGAUAUCAGGAAGAGAGGAUUUGGGCAGAAACCUCUCCCGGGUGACGUUUGGAAGCUCCGACUGAUGCAGCGCUCCCAGGAGAUGCUCGCAGAGCCCGGGCAUCUCCCGAGAAACAGCCCCGGCCCGUCUGCGAAUGUGGGCCGGAGAGGAAAAACGUGCGGUUCCCAAAGAGCCGCUGAGCCCCGCGGUUCGGGCCGAGCCCAGGGAGGGCUGCGGGCAGCGGUUCCCCGGGCAGCAGAGCCGGAGGUCACUGCCGUGCGCGGUGUCACCUUGCCCCACUGAACUCCGCUGCUGUCUGCAGGCGGUUCCGCGCCGCACCCGCUGUUGUGCAAUGAAAUGAAACUAAAAAUAGCCCCGCUCCCUGCAGAACGACGCCGGGCUGAGGCGGCAGCGGCCGAGGGCUCCCUCCUCCGAGCGGCUGCGGGCACUGCGAAGGCUCCGUCCUUCUGCAGGGAGCGGUGCCCCAUCUCUCCCCACACCCCACGGGGCGUUGGGCUCCGCGCUGGGGGUCGCCGGGGAGGCGGUGUCACCCAUCCUUCUGCUAUUCAACGUAAUCCGAAUGCUGGCAGUGCUCGGCUGCCCACGGGGCCGAACCGCAGCUCUGCAUCGCUACCUCCGGGCGCUGCAAAGCAGCUCUGGUUUUCCUCUCUCAGAGCUCACCUUUUUGGGUGAUGAGAACGUGCGACCCAUUUUAGAUCUGCUUGACUGUGCCUGGCUGCUGGUGUCCUUGCAGCAGAGCACCUGGAGCACUCAGCAGCCUCACCUGGUGCUCAAUCACUGCUCAGCUUCAGCUGGGCCAUUCCCUUUUUGUGGGUUGGCCAGAAAUCUCUGCAGCCGUUACUCCCACAGCUGCCCUCAGGUGUUCCCACUGUGCUCCUGCAGACUCCAGCAGGAGCUGGAAUGCUGCUUCUCCCUUCAGAAGUGUCCAGGGAUGAGAAUCCUCCACAUCUCUCUGCCUCCUGCAGCCCAUCCAUUGCCUGGAGUCUUCUUCAGAGCCCGCUGACUCACGGAGAUGGCACAGACUGAACCUUCAAGCUGGAAGCCAGAAAUAGGUCAGCUCUCCCCAGAGGCUUUUGGAGCAGAUCCGACAGCUGCUUCCCCAUGUGAGAGCGGGGACACCUGCACGAGGGAGGAGGAAGGAGGAGCACUGCCACCCCUGGCACAGGGCAGGAGUUGGGGUGGAUGUGUUGCAGGUUACAAACCGCAGAGGAGAACUUGUGGAUUAGAAACCUCGUGAAGCAAAGUGAUGAGUGAAUGGAUUCACAUGUUAGGUUAGGCAGGACCAAAGGGAUUCAGCUCUUGUUUGUUGGCUUUGUUUGCUUUCUAAGGAGUGCAUAGGAUAAAGUUUAAUCUACAGAACACGUUGUUCUGUGGCAGCAGAGGUGAUGGGAAUGGGGAGAGGUGAACACAGGAGGUCAGGGACCUUUGGUCCUCCUUGGACCCCUGUGGGGGGGAGCACUGCAGCCUGUCCCAGGUGCAAAGCCAUGGGCAUCUCGGUCUGGGUUCAUAGAAUCAUAAAAUGCCAUCAUAGAGCCACAGAGUCAUGGAAUCGUGGAGCUGUAAAACCAGAGUCAUAGACUUAUAGAAUGGUUGGGUUGGAAGGUCCCUUAAAGAUCACAGAACCAUGGAAUGGUUGGGUUGGAAGGGCCCUGGAAGGUCACCAACCCUUGCCUUGGUCUGGUUGCCCUCCACCAGUUCAGGCUGCCCAGGGUCCCAUGGGGAGAUGCUGGGCGAUGCCGGAGGGCUGUGGGGGAUGCGCAGCCCGGGCUGUGGCUCUCGGCUCUUGGCAGCGUCCCGGCAGCGGUGGGUGACCAGCAGAGGGCCCGGCUCUGCCGCUCCUUUAUCCUGCCCGGAGUGCUCCGCAGCGCCCACAGCAGCGGCCGCAGCCGGACCGAGCGGAGCUCCCCCGGCCCCUCCUCGUUCCCCGCAGCCCCGGGGCUGCUCCGUCAGACGCUUCCCGCAGAGGGUGCGGAGGACAUCAUGCCUUCGCCCCCAUCGCUCGUCCUCCUGCUGCUGGCACUGCCGGGGGCCGCGGCGAUGCCAGGCGCAGCCGUGCAGCACGCAGAAGGCGGCGUGCACCCAAACCGGGGCGCAGGUGGAGGUGGGAUGCUGCCCGUGGCUGCGCAGGAUAACGUAGAGCUGAAGGCACGGCCGCGCCGGGGCACGGUGGAGGACUCCAAGUCGGUGCAGCAGUACGUGCCGGGGGUGCGGGUGGAAUUCCCGCGGCCCAUCAACGCCGCCAGCCUGCACCCCACCAGGGCCAUGGUGCCGUCCAGCACCGACCCCUCCGAGCAGCAGCGGGGGGUCCCCACGGAUGGGGGGGCUGAGCCCGCCACCAACCUGACCACAGUGUCUGACAAACGGCUGCAGAUCCAGAACCCGCUGUACCCGGUGACAGAGAACUCCUACAGCGCCUACGCCGUCAUGUUCCUGUCCCUCAUCGUCUUUGUGGUGGGCAUCAUCGGGAACCUCUCGGUGAUGUGCAUCGUGUGGCACAACUACUACAUGAAGAGCGCCUGGAACUCCAUCCUGGCCAGCCUGGCUUUCUGGGACUUCCUCAUCCUCUUCUUCUGCCUGCCCGUGGUCAUCUUCAACGAGAUCACCAAGAAGCGGCUGCUGGGGGACAUUUCGUGCCGCAUCGUGCCCUUCAUGGAGGUAUCAUCCCUGGGAGUCACCACCUUCAGCCUCUGUGCCCUGGGCAUCGACAGGUUCCACGCGGCCACCAGCCCGCAGGCCAGCGCCCGGCCCAUCGAGCAGUGCCAGUCCAUCAUUGCCAAGCUGGCCGUCAUCUGGGUGGGCUCCAUGACGCUGUCGGUGCCGGAGGUCCUGCUCUGGCAGCUGGCUCAGGACACGUCGCCCGUGUCCGGCGUGGUGACGGAGUACUGCACCAUGAAGCCUUCGUCCAACCUGCCCGAGUCCGUCUACUCGCUGGUGCUCACCUACCAGAACGCUCGGAUGUGGUGGUACUUCGGCUGCUACUUCUGCCUGCCCAUCCUCUUCACCGUGAGCUGCCAGCUGGUGACCCGCAGGAUCCGCGGCACCGAGAAGAAGGCCGAGUGCCGAGGGACCAAACACAGCCAGUGUGAGAGCCACUUGAACUGCACCAUCAUUGGGCUGACCAUCAUCUACGGGCUCUGCACCACCCCUGAGAACGUCUGCAACAUCGUGGUGGCCUACAUGUCCCCCGACAUGUCCAAGCAGACCCUGGACCUGCUCAACCUCAUCAACCAGUUCUUUCUGUUCUUCAAGUGCUCGGUGACGCCCGUCCUGCUCCUGUGCCUCUGCAGACCGCUGGGCCAGGCCUUCAUGGACUGCUGCUGCUGCUGCUGCGAGGGCUGCGGUCCCGAUGCCGCCUCCAGUGAGGGCAGCGCCGACAGCAAGCUCAAGACAGAGAUGUCCUCCUCCAUCUUCUUUGACAAGCCCCGGGAGUCCCCUCCGCCCCUCCUGGCCCUCGGAACACCGUGUUAAGUGCCAACCAGGAGCCGUAGAGAGCAUUUCACCACCUCCUCCCAAGACCGAACGUUGUUUUUGCCGUUAGUGCCCCGUGCCCGGAUGUGGAGCAAGCAGGAGAGACAGCUCAGGGGCUGCACCGUGGGCUUCAAACCCCGUGUUGGGCAAGGGGUGUCCUGUCCCCGUGGCUGCGUUGGUGGCCUUCUUGCCUCUGCCCAAAGGACAUCAGCUCCCUCCGUGCCUGGCCAGGCUCAGGGGGUUGCUGCUCUGCUGAUGGAGUUGUGCAGGAAAGGUUCCAUCUGCUAUUAAGGAGGGUUUGCAGAGGACUUAGCAAACAAAACUGCCCUCGUCCCAUCCCGUCCCCUCCUGCCAGCCCCCUCCACAGUAGGAGAAGGUCCCAGUGACCAGAUCCCAGCAGUGCCCUGUAAAGCUCAAUAAACCAGUAAACUAGA